CUUUGUAAAAAGCCUUCAACUUAUGUGCACGUUCAAGUAUAUAGAAACGCUCUUCCUUCCAUACUAGAGUUAAGUAUGCCCAUUUUCGAAUCAGUAAACAAUCUCGAUCUAAUCCAAAGGAAGGUCGAUGUCGCAACUCUCAAGGUAGUUUGCCUGAAGCAUAAUUAUUUCUUGGACUGCUGGCCAAGGUAGCCGAAACUAUACUCUGGGAUACUCAGGAUGACCACAACAGUUCCCCUGGCCUCCUAUCUCUUCACUCGACUCCGCCAGCUCGGCAUAGGCGCAGUGCAUGGCGAACCCGGCGACUACACCCUCCGCGCUCUCGACUUCAUCCGCCCCGCAGGCCUCCGCUGGAUAGGGAACUGCAACGAGCUUAAUGCCGGCUACGCCGCUGAUGGCUAUGCAAGAGUAAAGGGCAUGUCGGCAUUUUGCACGACGUACGGCGUUGGCGAGCUGUCAGCCAUCAACGCUGUCGCUGGCUCUUAUGCUGAGUACUCGCCUGUGGUGCAUAUUGUCGGUUGUCCCGCGAGGAUGGUGUAUGGCUCCAAUAGGUUGGUACACCAUGCUCUCGAGACUGGGAAUAUGAGAGUGUAUGCGGAUAUGUAUGCAAGGGUGACGGCAGCGCAGGCGAACCUCACUGAUGCUAGGACUGCUCCUGGCCUGAUUGAUCGCGUGUUGGAGGAGUGUCGGAUUCAAAGUCGACCUGUGUAUAUUGAGCUACCUUCGGAUAUGGUAGAGGCACAAGUUGACGAGUCUAGAUUGAGUGCACCGCUCCACAUCGAACCACCUACGAACGCUCGAGAUCUCGAGGAUGCAGUAGUAAACGAAACGCUUGAACGGAUAUACUCGUCUAAGCGUCCGUACAUUCUUGUCGACGGCCUCGUUCGCCCGGAUGGCAUUGUCGAUGAAGUCAACGAGCUUGCUCGCGUGACAGGCUUCCCUACCCUGGCUAUCACCUUUGGGGGAGGUAUCAUCAACGGAAGCUCGGAGAACUACCAUGGUGUCCACGCUGGAAAAUUCGGAAGUAUAGAUCACACCCCCUAUACCGACUCCGCAGACCUCGCCCUCCUAUUCGGACCACUUCUCAGCGACACCAACACCCAAGGCUGGUCCGUCGUCCCAAAAGAAGACAUAACCAUCUCCUUCCGCCGCAACUCCAUCGACAUCGGUUCCGCCUCACACGAACUCCGAAUCAAGAGCUUCAUGCGAUCUCUCCUCUCCAAACUCGAUCCAUCUAAAAUUUCCGCCGGGGCGCCAAACCCACCUCUUAGUUCACCCCGAGACCUCCUCAAGAGCCUCCCACCCCCAGACCCCUCUGCCCCCGUAGACCAAGACACCUUCUACCUCCGACUCUCGCCUUUCUUCCGCCCCUACGACAUCAUCAUCUGCGCAAACGGCACCCCCCUCGUCGGCGGCCGCGACUUCAUCCUCCCACCCGGCGCAAGACUCGUCAACUCUGGCGUCUGGCUGUCAGUCGGCCACAUGCUACCAGCAGCCCAAGGAAUCGCCGUCGCGCAGCGCGAGGCUCUCGAAGCCGGGCAACAGCCUGGCAGGACGAUCUUAUUCGAGGGCGACGGGAGUUUCCAAGCCACCGCGCAAGAGCUCAGCACGAUCAUACGCUAUCGACUCGACGUGACGAUCUUCAUUGUGAAUAAUGAUGGGUAUACCUUUGAGCGGCUGAUUCAUGGGUUGGAGGAGGAGUAUAAUGAUGUCGCGCCGUGGCGGUAUCCAGAGGCGCCGAGGUUCUUUGGGGCGCCGGAGGAUGGGUCCUAUGCGGUUGAGACGCAUGAUGCGAGGAAUUGGGGGGAGUUGCUGAAGGUGCUGGAGAGUGAGAGUUUUGGGGAUGGGAAGGGGCUGAAGAUGGUUAAUGUGUGGAUGAGGAGGGAGGAUGUGACGAGAAAUUUUAAGGCGGCGUUGGUGUUGGCGGGGAAGCAGUUGCUCGCGGGUUCGGAGUGAGAGAACAUCCUGUACGGAUAGAAACAAUCUUUGGGACUUCGGUCAAGGGUUCUUCAUUUUGGAAAUAUGAUUCGUCUACGCCUGCCAUCGAGGGCAAGCUGUAUUGAAUGCUCCCACGGCCUUGCUACCCAGAUUCUGUGGUCGUCUCAAAUGCAUCCUCUUUGCGCGGAAAUAUAUUACGACCUGGACCGCAAGAACAGUCAUCAGUGCUCCAACGAAGAUCGUAUAAUGGCUCCUAUAGUUGACAUCUCGAGUACACGCAGCGAGGGAAA